UCCUAGGGUGUAGUCGGAUAUAGUUAUUUUCCUUCUGAAGUUUCUCCAUGGCGGUGGACACAAAGUACUGAGACCGUGGAAGUCUGCGUUAGAGCAAGGACAAUACUUCUGGAAGGAACAAACGCAUUUUUAAGGAGAAGCAAUUGGAAGUUUUCCGUAUGGUUUUACUUGUUUUAUCAAGAUUGUGGUAACUGGGUAGUUACCAAUCAAUUUAAAGUUCAAAGGUGUAAUAGAGGGAUUCGUGUAGUUGUAGCUUAAGUUUGAAACGGCUUUUAGAAUAGCUGAGAAUGGGUUGGUUUAUUCAAGUUUUGUUUUCAUUUACUUGUUUGGCUGUCUUCAGCCACAGUGCUAUGGAUGAAUGCACUGACGAUUCGAGUCGUCCUCAGCGAUGCAUGCCAGAGUUUGUCAACGCUGCUUUCAAUGUCACUGUGGUAGCUACCAAUACUUGUGGCUCUCCACCAGAAGAAUACUGCGUACAAACCGGGGUUACGGGGGUCACCAAGUCGUGCCACAUCUGCGAUGCCAGGGAUCGCAGACAACACCACAGUGCUGUGUACCUCACCGAUUACAACAAUCAACAGGACACCACCUGGUGGCAAAGUCAAACUAUGUUAGCGGGCAUCCAGUAUCCACACUCAAUCAAUCUAACUCUUCAUCUUGGCAAGGCUUUCGACAUCACUUACGUGCGACUCAAGUUCCACACCAGCCGCCCAGAGAGCUUCGCCAUCUACAAGCGCACAAGUGAGGAUGGACCAUGGACGCCUUACCAGUACUACAGUGGCUCCUGUGAGAAGACCUACCAGAAGACCAACAGGGGCUUCAUCCGCACCGGAGAGGACGAACAACAGGCACUGUGCACAGACGAGUUCAGUGACAUCUCACCCCUGACUGGAGGAAACGUGGCCUUCUCCACCCUUGAAGGCCGGCCCAGUGCUUACAACUUUGACAACAGCCCAGUUCUUCAGGAAUGGGUGACAGCCACAGAUAUCAAGGUGACCCUGAACAGGCUCAACACAUUCGGAGAUGAAGUUUUCAAUGAUCCCAAGGUCCUGAAAUCUUACUACUACGCUAUCUCAGACUUUGCAGUGGGAGGAAGGUGCAAGUGCAAUGGCCAUGCGAGUGAGUGUGUGAAAAAGAACGGUUUCGGCAAGCCGGUUUGCAACUGCAAGCACAACACGGAGGGCGAUGACUGCAAUGUGUGUAAGCCGUUCUACAACGACCGUCCCUGGAGGAGAGCUACAGCCAAUAACCCUAACGAGUGUCUGCCGUGCAACUCUAAUGGCAAGAGUGCAGAGUGCUACUUCGACCCUGAGCUCUACCGUGCCACCGGCCACGGAGGACACUGCCGCAACUGUGCCGACUACACAGACGGGCCCAACUGUGAGCGCUGCCUGGACAACUACUACAGAGACACAUCUGGCACCCGCUGCCUGCCCUGCAGCUGCAACCCAGUAGGCUCUCUGGCUACUCAGUGUGACAACACAGGGCGCUGCAACUGUAAACCCGGUGUGAUGGGGGACAAGUGUGACCGCUGCCAACCUGGCUUUCACACGUUGACCGAAGCAGGCUGCAGACCUUGCUCCUGUAACCCUUCCGGAAGCACACAGGAGUGUGAUGUCCAGACAGGCCGUUGCCAGUGCAAGGACAACGUGGAGGGCUUCAGCUGUGACAGGUGUAAGCUGGGCUACUUCAACAUGGACCUGCAGAACCCUCAGGGUUGCACUCCGUGCUUCUGCUUCCAGCAUUCCUCUGUCUGUGACAGCGCUGAAGGCUACAGCAUUGACACAACAUCCUCCACCUUCAACCGAGAUGAUGAGCAGUGGACAGGCCAGCAGCGUGACAGCUCCAGUGUUUCAGUCCGGUGGUCCACUGGUGGGGAGAUCUCCCUCAUCUCCGAUGACUACUUCCCAAUGUACUUUGUGGCUCCAGAGCGAUUCCUGGGCAAUCAGCUGCUGAGCUACGGCCAGAACCUCACCCUGAACUUCCGGGUGGACAGGAGAGACACACGUCUCUCGGCCGAGGAUGUGGUUCUGGAGGGGGCUGGUCUCAGAGUGGCUGUGCCUCUCAUUGCUCAGGGAAAUGCCUAUCCUGGAGAGAACAUGCAGACGUUUGUGUUCAGGCUCCACGACAGCACAGACUAUCCCUGGAGGCCCACCCUCACUCACUCAGAGUUCCAGAAGCUUCUGCACAAUCUGACGUCCAUCAAGAUCCGUGGCACCUACAGCGAGAGAAGUGCUGGUUACCUUGACGAUGUGAAGCUGAUCACGGCGAAGAGAGGUCCCGGGAGCCCGGCUCGCUGGGUAGAGAAGUGUACCUGCCCUCAAGGCUACUUGGGACAGCACUGUGAGAGCUGCGCCCCGAGAUACAGGAGGAGCAGACCAGACCUGGGGCCCUUCAGUUCCUGUGACUCCUGCAACUGUAACGGACACAGUGACGCGUGCCACCCCGACACAGGGAUGUGUAACUGCCUACACAACACAGCUGGGCUCAGUUGUGAGAGAUGUAAAGACGGUUACUAUGGAGACUCCACUGUGGGGAGUUCCAGCGACUGCAAGCCCUGCCCCUGCCCCGGAGGAUCCACUUGUGCUGUUGUGCCCAAGACCAAGGAGGUUGUCUGCACCAACUGUCCUACUGGAACCACAGGCAAGCGCUGCGAGCUGUGUGAUGACGGUUUCUUCGGAGACCCCCUGGGGGGGAACCGGCAGGUGAGGGUCUGUCGGGCCUGUAAGUGUAGCGACAACAUCGACCCCAACGCUGUGGGCAACUGUGACAGAGAGACCGGGGAGUGCCUCAAGUGUAUCUACAACACAGACAGCUUCUUCUGUGACCGUUGCAAAGAGGGCUUCUAUGGAAACCCGCUGGCCACCAACCCCAACGACAAGUGCAAAGCCUGCUCCUGCUCUCCAUAUGGCACAGUGGACAGACAGACCAGCUGUCUACAGGUCACAGGCCAGUGCCAGUGUUUCCCCCACGUCACCAACAGGGACUGCAGCGCCUGUCAGCCUGGCUUCUUCAACCUGCGGAGCGGAACAGGCUGUGAACAAUGCAACUGCAAUUCUAUUGGGUCCACCAACGGUCAGUGUGACAUCGGUUCCGGUCAGUGUGAAUGCCAGCCCGGCGUCACCGGUCAGCGCUGUGAACGCUGUGAGGUCAACUUCUUCGGCUUCGGAUUGUCAGGCUGCAAACCGUGCGACUGUGACCCAGAGGGCUCCUCGACAGCCCAGUGUAAAGAAGAUGGCCGCUGUGCGUGCCUUCCAGGCUUUGUGGGAGCCAGGUGUGACAUGUGUGAGGAGAACUACUUCUACAACCGCUCUACUCCCGGCUGCCAGCAGUGUCCGUCCUGUUACUCCCUCGUCAGAGACAAGGUGAACCAGCAGAGACAGAAGCUGCAUGACCUGCAGACUUUGAUUGACAACCUGGGCUCCAUGUCAGAGACUGUGAGUGACAAGGCGUUUGAGGACCGACUGAAGGAGGCAGAGAAAUCCAUCAUGGACCUACUGGACGAAGCUCAGACCAGCAAAGAUGUGGACAAAGGCCUGCUGGAGCGCCUGGGGAAACUGAACAGCACACUGACCACUCAGUGGAAUCGUUUGCAGAACAUCAGGAACACUGUGGACAACACUGGAACCCAAGCCGACAAGGCCCGCAACCGGGUCCGAGACGCCGAGAACCUGAUCGGCCUCGCCCGCGAGGAACUGGAUAAGGCCAAGGAUGCCAUCAGCAAACUGGACAUCAAAGCACCCUCCAUCAGUGGAGAUCCUAACAACAUUACCCUUCUGGCAGAGGAGGCUCGCAAUCUGGCAGACAAACAUAAAAUGGACGCGGAUCAAAUUGAGAAGAUCGCAAAAGAUGCCAAUGACACGUCCACCAAGGCUCUCAACCUGCUGACAAAGACUCUAGAUGGCGAGGGCAAGACCAACCAAGACAUUGAUGAGCUCAACAGGAAGUACAAUGAGGCAAAGGACCUGGCCAAGAACCUGGAGAAACAGGCCAACAAGGUGCAUGCUGAGGCAGAGGAGGCAGGCGACAAAGCCCUGAAGAUCUACGCUAACCUGACAAGCCUGCCACCUUUCAACACCAAAUCACUGGAGGACGAAGCGAGCAAGAUCAAGAAGGAAGCGUCUGACCUUGACAAGCUGAUUGACAAGACCGAGAAAGAGUACAACGACUUGAGGGAUGAUCUGCGAGGGAAGGAGACUGAGGUCCGCAAGCUGCUGGAGAAGGGCAAGACGGAGCAGCAGACUGCCGAUCAGUUGCUGGCUCGUGUCGAUGCUGCCAAGGCGCUGGCUGAGGAGGCCGCCAAGAAGGGGAGGACCACCUACCAGGAGGCCCAAGACAUUCUGGGAAAUCUGAGAGACUUUGACAAGCGGGUGAAUGACAACAAGACGGCAGCUGAGGACGCCAUGAAGAGAAUCCCAGAGAUCAACGCUACCAUCAUCGCGGCCAAUGAGAAGACCAAGCAGGCUGAGGGGGCACUAGGCAACGCAGCUGCAGAUGCCAAGGAGGCCAAGAGCAAGGCAGAGGAGGCAGAAAAGAUAGCCAGCGCUGUGCAGAAGGGUUCUGCUAAGACCAAGGCGGAUGCAGAGAAGGCCUUUGAGGACACUAUGAUGCUGGAUGGGGAGGUGAACGGCAUGAUGGACCAGCUGAGUGCAGCCGAGGCAGAGCUGGCCAAGAAGAAAGCUGAGGCCGACCAGGACAUGAUGAUGGCUAGCAUGGCAUCGGACAAUGCGAAGGAAGCGGAGGACAACGCCCGCAAAGCCAAGAGUGCUGUCAGGACCGUUCUCAACACCAUCAACGACCUGCUCAAGUCACUGGGCAACAUUGACAAGGUGGACCUGAGCAAGUUGGGCUUGAUUGAGGGGUCACUGAAGCAGGCCAAGGACAAAAUGGCGAACAGCGACCUGGACCGCAAGCUGGCGGAGCUGAAUGAUGUGGCCAAGAGCCAGGAGGAGAUGAUCACCGACUACGACAGGCAGAUCAGGGAGAUCCGGUCUGACAUCGCCAACCUCAACGACAUCAAGAACACUUUACCUGACGGCUGCUUCAACACCCCAUCCCUAGAGCGACCUUAACCCCCUCUCUCUCCACCACCUGUACCCUCCUUCCUCAUAUCCCGUCUGUUCCUGCUCCUUCCUCAUAUCCCGUCUGUUCCUGCUCCUUCCUCAUACCCCGUCUCUUCCGCUCCUUCCUCAUAUCCCGUCUCUUCCGCUCCCUUCCUCAUAUCCCGUCUCUUCCGCUCCCUUCCUCAUAUCCCGUCUCUUCCGCUCCCUUCCUCAUAUCCCGUCUGUACCGCUCCUUCCUCAUAUCCCGUCUGUACCGCUCCUUCCUCAUAUCCCGUCUGUACCGCUCCUUCCUCAUAUCCCGUCUCUUCCGCUCCUUCCUCAUAUCCCGUCUGUACCGCUCCUUCCUCAUAUCCCGUCUGUACCGCUCCUUCCUCAUAUCCCGUCUGUACCGCUCCUUCCUCAUAUCCCGUCUCUUCCGCUCCUUCCUCAUAUCCCGUCUGUACCGCUCCCUUCCUCAUAUCCCGUCUGUACCGCUCCUUCCUCAUAUCCCGUCUGUACCGCUCCUUCCUCAUAUCCCGUCUGUACCGCUCCUUCCUCAUAUCCCGUCUGUACCGCUCCUUCCUCAUAUCCCGUCUGUACCGCUCCAUCCCACAUCUAACACUCUGGCAGAAUGCCACCUUUUUACCAAAACGUUUUUUUCUUUCUUUUUUUUUCUUUGCUUUGUCUUUGUUUGUCUUUUUUUUUUUACAAGAGAAGCUAAGUUUCAUGGUUUUAAAGAAAGAGAAGAAGCCGCUUUGACAUGCAGAAACGUGAAAUGAACUAAGUAAGGGCAGUCGACAAACAUGCAUCCAUUCUCCUUCGGUGCAGCAGGUUAGGAGAGGUGUGGCAUACCUCGCUCCCGAGUAAUGAAAACCCACAUGACUGCACCACCUCCAGACUUCCUACACUUCUACGUGGAGGACCGUUACACCGUCUUGUUUCAUCACAACCUAAACCACCCCGACAGAAAACAAGGAGAAAUGUCCUCAGCCUUUUCAGAUGGGUGCAUGUCAUAUGAUAUAGCAUUUGUUUUAUUUGAUAUGAUAUCUAACAAGUUAUCCUUACCCAUCAUUCUAGACCGAAGGGCAUGCUGGGAAUGGUUUGUCUGUGAGAUUUUUUUUAGCUAUAGUUAUUUUUCAACUUCCAGUACAUAUGUGCCAUCCUUGGUGUUAUCAACCAUUUGUUUAAAAAACAAGCAGUGAAGGAAUUCUCACAAGUUUAUACAUUUUGUUUGCCUUCAUUUGCUUCCAAAGCUACAUAUAUUGCAUAGAGAAAGUAUUCCUGUUAUUAUUACACAUUUUUACAGUAUUCAACUCUACUGCACAUUCUGCUCCAUACCCACAUUAAAUAAUACUACAGUUUACUAUAGAAUACUACAGUACUUCGUAUAGAAUUCUGUAGUAAAGUGUAGUGUAGUAAACUGUAGUAUACUAUACUACACAUUGCACUACAGCAUUUCCCAAAAUCUGUCCUCUGUCAUUUCCCAAACACCGCUGAUUAAAAUAAUCAACUCAUCAAGCUUGGAUUAUUUGAAUCGGCUGUGUAGUGCUAGGGCAAAAAUACAAAAAUGCACCCCUUGGAGUCUCCAGGACAGAGUUUAGGAAACGCUGCUGUAGUAUAUAACGAUCAUUGGCAGUACUUAUUAUAGAAUCGUGUAGUAUACUAUAGUAAAUACUACAGUAUACUAUGGACCACAAAAAUACUUCAGUAAUAUCUGCAGAAACACUGCAGUAAUUACUGUAGUGUAUAUAUAUUACAGGAUUUAAUUUGUGUCUACCCUGCCCAUUCCCAUAUCCCAAUUUGUGGCACCAAUAAGUUACAAGCCAACGUUUGGUAUCGUAUAGAUUAUAUAUUGUGUUCCCUGCAGGUUAUAAAAAGGAGCAGAAGCUCUGAACUGUCUGUUCAGACCUCAGUCCUAUCUACCUACAGGUAUGGUACAUUUUCUUUUGUGUAUUUUUCCAAGUAGGUUUCCUCAAGGAUAUCAUGUCAAAGAUAAUAAAACAAAAACAUUAUAGUAAAUACUACAGUUAUUUCCGCUAAAAACCCUACAGUAAAUACCCGAGUCCGAAAAAACACUACAGUAAUUACUAUAAUAUAUACUAGUUUUUUCUUACUAGACUGUUUACUAUGAACAGUAAAUACUACAGUAUACUACAAUCAUGUCUGCAAAACUACAGUAAAUACUACAGUAUUCACUGUAUUUUUACACUACAUUCACUUUUCACUACAGUAUUUUUUCUCACUCCACUGAAUACUACAGUAAAGUCUCCAAAAACACUACAGGGAAUACUAUAGUAUUUAACGAUAGUAUACCUUAGUAUUUUUUCAUGUGGGCAUGCACAACUGAAAAGCUGUUAAAUAAAACCAGCAAGUGGGUCUUUAAAAUGACUGAUAUUUUUGAUAUUUGAGACUGUCCUCUACCGCCCAGUGAAACAAUAUGGUUAAAUAUAAUUGUAUGUAAAAAUAUAUAUAUAUAUAUAAUUAACACUACAAAUCUUGUUUUUUGUCUGAUGUUUUUUCCUCCCUAAGCUGCUGCUUAAAACAGGUGUAUUGCAAAUCACACAUUAAUAUUUUUUAAGACAAAAUUCUACACUAUGCAACUUUGUACAUUUUGCGUAGCAAGACUUUAUCUGAUACACUGGUGCUAAUAAUUAUUUCAAAUGUUAUAUUUUUGUGUGAAUGUUUUUUAUUAUGAUAUAGAGUGAGGAAAUAUUAUUUGUGUAAAUAUAUGCUUAAAUGAUUCAGGGCUGGCUGAUUGUUAAACCCAAGACCCAGCGGCCACCUCGUAUAGGUUCUAUCGCAAAAAAAAUCAACAAACCUCCACAUAAUAUAUACAUAUAUAUGAUAAGUUCUGUGGUAUAAUAUGCUUGCUUGUGUACAUGGCUCGGUGUUGUUGCCUCAUAGCUCUGCCAUUAUUAAUUUGUGUUUAAUUAUCUGUGGGUGGUCACCAAUUAAUUGAUGAAUGCUUUUAAAACACCUUUAUCCUUGACUGAUAACUUCAGGACUGUGUGAGGGAUGGCCCUAAAGAAGCCAUCGGUCUACAUUAAGCCUAUCGUUUCAUUUUACUGAAUUUAAAUCGACUCCCAAGAAAAUAGUAGUUCACCAUUUAGUGUUGUCUUCAUAUGUGGUCAAUAUUCACAUCACUUAGUUCCUAACGAGGGCGUCACGAUUAUCGCACACAUUACGUUUCAGACAAACAUUCUUUUCACACAUAAUUGUCUCCUCACACGUUCGCUACUCGGUGUCCUCGCAUUUCAGUAGAACAGCAGGGAUUUUGUUGAUGGGUCCAGAACAUCAGCCAGCCAGCCAGCCGCGAUACAGUAAAUGAAUAGGUUAUAACCUGGAGACCACUCAUCCUUCCCAUUCAACAUUUCUCAUCCUCAAUACACCAAUACUCACUCCUUAGCCUGCCUUCUAAUCAUGUUAUUUGUUGGAUAGUUGUUAGCUAACCUUUUACCCACAAUUUUAUAGAUGUGGCAGUGGCUAAAACGAUGUACACUGCAUUGAACCAUCUUCUGCCGUCUCUUAACCCUCCAGGCUACCACACUGCUGUGGAAGAAUGUGCAGCACAUACUGUUUGAUGUAUAAAACAGUAUUUCUAAUUUAUAAUGUCUCAAGUAUUUGUAUUAUUUUGUUGCAGUAGAUGAUGAUAUGUAUGUGUUGCACAAUCUUGUUGUGGUAAUUUGGCUAUGGAUGGGCAUGUUCUGUUGUACAAUAUAAUACAAAGGCACCAAUUCACUGCAACGUUUAAUUUGUGAGGACCCGAGAAAACCCUGUUUGUGACCCAAUUGCCUGUAAAUCCAAUCGUAACAUUUUAAAUAAUAAAACAAAUAUUACAGGAA